AUUAUAAUUGGUUUUGUUGUAAGCCAUGAUGUAUAAUGUUUGUGUUAAUAAACUUGUUAAUAUGCGUCUUAAUUUGCCCAAAUAUAUUUAAUUUUUAACUCUUUCUGAAUUAUAAUUUUCUUGUAGGGCUAAGAUAACACACUUGAGAAUUCCGGCCAAUUUGUGUUAUUUUCGAGAUUUAAUUGAUAAGCGAAUAAAAUUAGAUGAAAGACACAUAAAAGCCCUACAGACGACACCUUUUCACAGCUUUCUCAAUAUACCCACAUCCUUGAGCAAUGAGCAAAUAGCAAUUGAUUGCUUGAUUCAAAAUUUUAAUCCUGAUAAAUGCUCAUUCAUGAUUGGGAAUAAAAAUUGUGUGUUCGGUAUAGAUGAUAUUCACCGAAUUACCGGAUUGCCAAAGGAGGGAAUUCCGAUAAAAAUGAGUGGGGCAGCGGCUAAUACAAUCUACACCUAUUUUGUAAAGAAUUAUAAGAAAGCCGAUGAGGAAAAGAAGGCGGUGAUUUCGGGGAAGCGCGAUAGAAUGGCCGAGAUGAUUGUAGAUAUGAUUAAUGAAGACCCUAUAAUAUGUGUGAAACUUAUUGUGGCUUUCAUUAUCGGCUUCAUAUUAUGCCCGCGGACAUGUAAGACAUGUCCCUUGUGGGCGUUUAGAUAUGCGGAGCAGUUAUCAACUUUGCAUAAAUAUAAUUGGUGCCAUGCGGUGUUCACUCUUCUUUGCAAAGAGAUGAGUAAAUCAAAGAAGUCUCUUAGUAUGCGGGAAUUAGGUCAGCGCUCAAAUGCCGGGUACAUGGGUGGUUUUUCCUCCGUUUUACUGGUUUGGUUUUAUGAAAAAGUAGGGGAAUUAGAGUACACUUCAGAUAUUGAAAGGUUACCGCCGCUCUUUUGUGUGAAGAGUACUGGAAAGUGGAGGAGGACUACUAUGAACAAAUUAUAUAGAGUCCCGAAGUUGGUUACGGAUAAUGGCCAAGAGAAUACUCCUCUUAUUCAUACGGCAUCGCCAAUAGUAUUUGAAUCAAGGAAAGCUGAAUUAAUUUUCUUAAUUGCGGAGAAGACGUACGAGUUGAAUGAGCUCACUACAGAAUUACGAGAAUUAGAAGAGCGUAGUGCUAGAUGCCAAAAAAAACCAAGGAGAAAGAGGAUGACGGAAAUGUAACUGAAGAAAAAAAAAUCAAAGAGGAUAUGGAAGCUAAGGAAUAUGAGAAUUUGGAAGGAACUGGGGAAGCCGAUUUAUGUGAUGACUUUGUGAUGAGCGCAAGAGACAUGAGAAUUUUAGAAGAUGCUCGAGAUGUUUCUCAAAAAGAUGAAGGUGGUAAUGAGAAUAACAGAGAAACGCCAUCUAUCAAACGGGCUGUCGGAAAGAGGGAGAGGAAGGAUGGACCCUCUGUUACUUCACCUUAUAUGCCUCUAGAUCAACCAAAGGAAGGCACAAAGAAGAGACGUGUCAUCCAGAUAUUGGAUAGUCCUGAUGGGAAAAAAAAGUACAAAAAUGAAGAAGGCUUCAUACCUACAUCUAGAGACUAUCCAGGUAAGGCACUGGCGUUUGAUUAUGAGAACAAAUUAAUUGAAGACUUUCUACAAUCGAGAAUGAACAGUGAUACGUACAUUUGGAAGUGUGCCGAAGCAAGCGUAUCUCGCUUAGAUGCUUAUAUACUAUUAACGGGAGGUGAACUCAGUGACGAUGUGAUCGAUGCAUUUGUUAUUCGGCUUUGUAACAAGAUUGAAACAACUGAUAGUUAUGAUCGAAAGAUACAUGUCACAAGACCUUGGCUUGCAGUAACAAGCAUUUCUAGAAGGAAAUCUUGA